AUGGACGCCCCUAGCCCUUCGUGGUCGGCCCCGAUCCCAGACGGUGGCAGUGAAUGGAGCGAGGAGCCAAGGGAAUGUGACGCUGUGCGCCCUAUGAGGAUAUCUGACAGCCCAGAAAGUGGCGACACGGAAGUGAGGAGUGAUGGGACGGUAACAGCCCCGGGAAGUGAGGGCACAGGAAGAGAUAUCGAAGGGGAGUUUGAAGCAGAACAGUCUCAAACCAUCGAAAUUUCGGAUGGCAGCUCUCCCCAUAGCGCUCGAUCAGUGGACUGUUUAACCCUAGAUACGGUCUCAGGGUGCGCAGACAGUGGGGUCCCUACUGAACCUCAUUACGGGCAAAGGCGUAUGACUAGCGCAAGUGAAGAGGCUUGUCUACAGCGAACAAGAUCUGGAGAAGAUAGCCGCCAAGCACACCGUCAUCCAGGCUUGCCGUACCGAUCGAUUUCUUUGACGGGCCAUUCAUCUAGCCGGAGUUCCGCGGCACCGGACCCUGGGUCGUCCUAUGCUACAGCAAUAGAUAUCACCUCAUCACCACCGGAGGCAGGACCUUCGGGGGCUAAUCAGCGCAGCACCCGGCGAUCUUCAAACACCCCCAACGCUCUCCCUUAUCAAACACAGACCUUCCCGCGCUAUUACUCUAACCCUGAUAAUUUCGUCGCCGCCCAAAGCCCUGCAACCCAUACCUCCUCUUCGAACACUUAUUCCAUGCCACGCAUGCCUCGAAGGCAGCACUCAACACUGCUACGGGAGAACACAAGCGACAAUAUGCAAGCCGGACGGCCGCGCGUUCAGUCAGAUGCUGUUAGAUCCCGAAGUCUUCGAUACUCUGGGAUUGAGUUUCCUCCGUGGCAGCCAGGCACGAUGGAUGAAGAGAAUUUGAGACGCGCGAUCAAUGUAGAUGACGAGGAAGUCGAACCAGAUCUGCCACGGUGGCAACCUGACUCGGAAGUUGAUUUUUGUCCAAUUUGUGGGAACGAAUUCAGCUUCUGGUAUCGGAAGCAUCAUUGUCGGAAGUGUGGACGUGUCGUAUGCGCUUCAUGCUCUCCGCAUCGAAUCACGAUCCCCCGACAAUACAUCGUUCGCCCACCAGACUCUGGACAGUCCAAAGAAGCCUCCCCGGCGCCAGCUCGUCAAGUGGUUGAUUUGACUGGCGAUGAACCCGUUAUAUUAUCUCCUGUACUCAACCCCGCACUCGGUGGCGGGGAAGAAGUACGCCUUUGCAACCCGUGUGUCCCAGAUCCCAAUCCCAAUCCUCUGAGUUAUGGCCCACUUCGGUCUCGUGGACAUAGAUCUACCCAUUCUCUGCCUUCAAUUGGCAACCUCCUAACAAGGCCGGUGGAUGAAGACCCAGAUCGCGAUCGCGAAAAUCGCGGCUACAGCCCCGAAUUCUUUCAGUAUCCGGGCGCCGAAGAGCAGCGCCGACAGGCAUCCCAAUCUCAGUACUAUGUCAACCCACCCCGUCAAUCUCUCCCAUUAGCCCACCAGCCAAGACGCAGGACCAUAUCCGAGGAAGACCUUUGUCCGAUUUGUGGUCGACUUUUCCCAGAACUCAGCCCGGAAAACCCUGCAGAAGCUCGAGAAGCGCAUGUUCGCGAUUGUAUCGAGAACUUUGGCGCUUCAGCGCCUCGAGUAAGUGGUCCUUCUACUCCCACUAGUGGAGCUACAACUACACGACGGGGCCCUGCUCCGCCUCCACCGCCGCCGCCACCUGCAGCCCGUAUGGUAGAAUUUACUGCUACGGAGAAAGACUGCAUCGGGGAGGAUGGUGGUGUUGGGGAGUGUACCAUCUGCAUGGAGGACUACGAGGUCGGGGAAAGCCUAGCUCGGUUAGAGUGCCUGUGUAAGUUCCAUAAGGACUGCAUUAUUGGCUGGUUCAAGCAGAAGAUGGAGUGUCCUGUACAUAAGUACUGUUAG